AUGUUUUCUCAAAAUACAAAGAAUUUGUGGAAUGGGCCUCGAGGGUCUGUUUCUUCAGAUUCUUCACAAGAACAUGGUGCAUCUCUUUUUUAUUCGGUUCCAAAUCUAUUAGCGGAUGCUGAAAUCCGUGAAUCCAUCUCUUUACAACCUUCGCAAGUUCGAACUUAUAAUCAAUAUGAUGAUGGUGAUGAGUAUCUGGGAUCAGAUCCUGUUCCUGAAACAGCUUUUCUAGAUGCUCCAUUCUCGGAUAACCAAAAUACGCAGACUGCAGCAGCGAUCUAUCGCAAUGUUCCUCCUACUCCCACAACUAGAAUAACCAGCGAUACACUGUCAGAAGGACUACUUCCUUCAUCUUCGAUACCGCCCCCGUUAUUAUCGGGUCUUUCACAUCGUAAAUUCAGAGAUCCAGCAUUUGCAAUUUUAUUUAUCAUUGGACUAGCAACAAUGUUGUUAAUAGGCUUAAUUUUAUUAUUUACAACUAGUUCUUCUCCAUUAGAAGAUUACACCCGUGGAACCGUAUUCUCUGUUAUUUACUACAGUGCAGGCGCCAUUUGGUUAUUCAUUCUACGUUCAUUUGCCCAGCCUUUAAUAUGGGGAAUAUUAGUAUCAGUUCCAUUCAUAUUUGCUGUAAUGUUUAUUUGGACUGUUGUGGCAUCCUUAACUGGACCUCGUCUAGAAUCAGGAAAACGUGAUCCGCAAGACAAUGUGCGUGAACAAAACCGUGACGCUUCUAAAGAUACAUCCACCCUUGCUUUUCACAAAGCUACCACGAACUCAUUUGGGUCAAUAUGCUUGGGUAGUCUUAUUAUGUUUACCGUUCAGUGCUUGCAAUAUAUUAACGAAUUUGUGAAAAAGAAUUCUAAACUAAGUCCGGUUUUCUAUUAUGCGGCUGCAUGUAUGUCGUGUACUGACGGAUUAAUAGAUGUUCUAAAUAAUUAUACUUUGAUAUAUGUUGGAAUUUCUGGUGAAAGCUUUUGUUCUUCAGCAAUGUUUACCACAAAAUUAUUUCGUCGAAAUUUGAUCUUUGGACUAGUUAAUGAUUCACCAACGUUAUAA